AUGGUGUUCAACAAAGUCGUCUCGGCUCUGGCCUUCGGUCUGCCUGCUGUACAAGCCGUGGUUCCAUCGAUUCCUGGCUUCAGUCUGACUUGGAGCGAUGACUUCGUGGGCUCCCCCAACAGUCUACCAAACACUGGCAGCUGGCUCUUCGAUGACGGCACUUCCUAUCCCGGGGCCUCCGCCAACUGGGGCACCGGAGAAAUCCAGACCUACACAAGCAGUACCAACAACAUUCGUCUGGACGGCAACGGCAAUCUACAGAUCAUAGCCAUCAGGGACGGAGCCGGGGCAUGGACGUCCUCCCGCAUCGAGUCCCAGCGUGGUGACUUCAUGGCUCUGGCCGGCGGCAAAAUGCGUAUCCAGGCCAGUCUCAAUCUGCCCGAUCUUGGCCCCAACGGCGUCGGCUAUUGGCCUGCUUUCUGGUCCCUCGGCACUGAAUUCAGAGGCAACUACUGGAAUUGGCCCGGCAUCGGCGAGUGGGACAUCAUGGAAAACGUCAAUGGCGUAGACCGUGUCUGGGGUACUAUGCACUGCGGUCAGACUCCCGGCGGCCCCUGCCAGGAGACGAACGGCCUCGGUCAAUUCCGCGAAUGUCCCGGCAGCCCCUGCCAGGGCAACUUCCACACCUACACCCUCGAGGUCGACCGCACUCAGGGGCUCGAGGCUGUGCGGUGGUUCGUCGAUGGCAUCCUUUACUGGCAAAUCGUCGAGACCGACCUCCCUGACGACGUCUGGGCUCGGGCCGUUCACUCGCCUCACUUCAUUCUGCUCAACCUUGCCAUCGGUGGCAGUUUCCCCAACGGCGUCUAUGGCGGCAAUACUCCCCUCCCGACCACCGCCUCCGGUGGUGUAUUCCAGGUUGAAUAUGUUGCUGUCUACAACGGUUAA